GUCCAAAGGCCGGACAGACUGUGGUGGAGCUGUGACAACACAGUGUGUAGGUGUCACUGCUGUUUGUGACAAGUCCACACACAGCUAUGGACAUGUAUGAGGAAUGGGGGAAGCCAGACGAGAGGAAGGGGAGACUAACUGCAGUCCUGGCUCUGGCCACACUCAUAUCCACCUUUGGUUCAUCUUUCCAGUAUGGCUAUAAUGUCGCUGUGGUCAACUCUCCAUCACUGAUCAUGCAGCAGUUCUAUAACAGCACCUACCUGGAGCGGUACGGUCAGCCAAUGGAGGAGAACUUCCUGACUCUGCUGUGGUCACUGACCGUCUCCAUGUACCCGUUUGGGGGAUUCUUUGGUUCUUUGAUGGUGGCUCCUCUGGUCAACAAGUUAGGAAGGAAAGGUACCCUCCUCUUCAACAACAUCUUCUCCAUCGUUCCUGCUGUGAUGAUGGGAGUCAGUGAGACCAUCAAGUCCUAUGAGAUCAUCAUUGUGGCUCGGUUCAUAGUGGGCAUUUGUGCCGGUCUGUCGUCAAAUGUGGUUCCCAUGUAUCUGGGUGAACUCUCGCCUAAAAACCUGAGGGGGGCCAUUGGCAUCGUGCCGCAGCUCUUCAUCACUAUUGGAAUCCUCUGUGCACAAGUUCUUGGCAUUAGACACAUACUGGGCAACAGCACAGGUUGGACCCUCAUGCUGGGGUUGACUGCUAUUCCUGCCGCCAUUGAGCUGAUUCUGCUGCCCUUCUGCCCUGAGAGCCCCAGGUACAUGCUCAUCCAGAGGAAAGACGAGAAGACAGCAAGGAAAGCGCUGCAACGUCUUCGUGGCUGGGACGAUGUGGAUGCAGAGCUGUCAGAGAUGCAUCUGGAGGACCAGUCCGAACGAGCUGAAGGUCACCUGUCCGUGCUCUCCCUGCUGUCCCAACGCUCUCUGCGCUGGCAGCUGGUCUCCAUCAUCAUUAUGAACAUGGGCCAGCAGCUGUCUGGGGUCAAUGCGAUCUACUAUUACGCAGACAGCAUUUACAGCACUGCAGGAGUCAAGCAGAAUGACAUCCAGUACGUCACAGUGGGGACCGGAGCAGUGAACGUCUUCAUGACCAUAGCUGCUGUCUUCAUCGUGGAGGCCUCGGGCAGACGGCUGCUCCUCCUCUCCGGUUUUGGGAUCUGCUGUGGAGCCUGUGUGCUGCUCACUGUCGCUCUCAAGCUGCAGGAGACUGUGACGUGGAUGCCGUACAUCAGCAUCACCUGCGUCGUUAUCUACGUCAUUGGCCACGCCAUAGGACCCAGUCCCAUCCCUUACGUGGUGACCACUGAGAUGUUCAGGCAGUCGGCCCGACCUGCUGCCUUCAUGGUUGCUGGGUCUGUGCACUGGCUCUCUAACUUCACCGUCGGUCUGGUCUUUCCCUUCAUGGAGAGAGGCCUGGGUCCGUUCAGCUUUAUCAUAUUUUCCGUCAUCUGCCUGGUCACUCUGAUCUACAUCUGGGUGGUGGUUCCCGAGACCAAGAACAAGACCUUCUUGGAGAUAUGCCAGAUGUUUUCCAGGAGGAACAAAGUAGAGAUUAAAGUAGGUGAUGGAGAUCUGCCUCUGACAGAGAGUAAAGAAAGCCUGGAGCAGAGAGUGAAGGUCACUCCUUUCUGAAGAAAUAUUAGAGCAUUCAAAAGAAAAGGAAGUCCUGGCUCCAGGGUGGCUUUAAUGGACUGGAUUUAUUUUUUUAAUGUAAAUGAAGGCCAAAGUGGACAGAUCCUGGUACUGUGUUCCUGCUUUGAUGGGAAAACAGAAGUCUUUGUGUGUUUGACUGCAGGAUGUGAGGUAACGCUGGCACCACCUCCAGAUUUAUGGAGAAGUUAUUGAGCCAUUAAACAAACAAGGAGUUUUGCUUUCCACUCUUUAUUGGUGAUGUAAAGAUUUUAUACAAGGCUGAAUUCAUGGAAAACCUAUGAGCAGUUAUUACAUUCAUAUUUUUGCAGUUGCAAAACUACUACAUACAAUAUCUUUGCAUGAAGUACACAAAACUCAGUAAACAGAAUAAAGAAAUCUAACUGUUGUGA